UGAGCUUCCAUUGUAGAGAUGGAAAAUAUUGAAAAACUUCCACUAAUUGUAUUAUAUGUUUUCCUCUUUCAACUUGGUUUCUCUUCAUGUUUGCCUCAUUUGUGUCCCAAAUAUCAAGCUCUUGCUCUUCUAGAAUUCAAGAAGACGUUUGUCAUCAACCCUUUUGCUUCUACUUUUGAGGAAUGUGAAGGUCUUUCUCCUAAGACACUGUCAUGGAAUACAAGCACGGAUUGUUGCUCGUGGGAUGGAGUUCAUUGUGAUGAGACGACAAGCAAAGUGAUUGAGCUUGACCUCAGAUGUAGCCAACUUCAAGGCAAGUUCCUUUCCAACAGUAGCAUCUUCCAACUCUCUGCUCUCAAAAGGCUCGAUUUAUCUAUGAAUGAUUUCUCUGACUCAAACAUUUCACCUAAUUUCGGUGGGUUUUCUAGCUUGACAUAUCUUGAUCUAUCCUAUUCGACGUUCACAGGUCAAAUACCUUCUGAAAUUUCUAAUCUUUCUAAACUACGUUCUCUUCGUAUCUAUGGUUACUCAACUGGUUUAACACUUGGACCGCACAAACUUGGACAGCUUCUUAAGAACUUGACCCAAUUAAGAGAGCUUGAGCUUUCCAAUAUGGGCAUCUCUUCAACCAUUCCUUCAAAUUUCUCUUAUUAUUUAAUAACUUUGCGUCUUCCAGGCACACAAUUAUAUGGGAUAUUACCUGAAAGAGUUUUCCACCUUCCAAACUUGAGAUUGCUUGAUUUAUCAAGGAAUUCUCAACUUUCAGUCAGCUUUCCAAUAACCAAAUGGAAUAGCAGUGCAUCUCUGAAGGAUUUAUCCCUAAAUGGUGUGAAUUUUACAAACGUACCUGAACCCAUGAGUAACUUUUUUGGACCUGUUCGACUAUUCAAUGAAAAUUGGACACAACUGGAAUCACUAAAUCUUCAAUCCAAUUUCCUAACAGGUCCAAUUCCUUCUGAUGUUAGUGGAUUUCAAAGCCUACAGCUACUCUCGAUGUCAUCAAACAGUUUGAAUGGAAUGAUACCAUCCUGGAUAUCCUCACUUCCGUCCCUGAAAUAUUUAGACUUGAGCAAUAACAGCUUCAGUGGCCAACUUGAGGAGUUCAAAUCCAAAGAACUGUUUUGGAUAGAUCUAAAAAAAAAUUACUUGCAAAGUCCCAUUCCAAACUCACUCCUAAACCAGGAGAACUUGAUAUUUCUUAGCCUAUCAUUAAACAAUUUCAGUGACAAUCUAAAUUUUAGCAUGUUUUCAAACUUGAGUGGACUAGGCACACUUAAUCUUUCAUAUAAUAGUUUCUCAUGGGAUGAUAAGGAUCAAGUCAAGUCUAAUUUGCUCAACUCUCUUUAUGACUUGGAUUUGCGCUCCAAUUUGCUGCAAGGGUCACUACUUAUUCCACCAAGUUCUAUAGAGAACUUCUACAUAUCACAUAAUAAGCUUAGCGGAUAUAUCCCUUCGACUAUUUGCAAACUAGAAUUUCUGAGAGUUCUAGAUUUGGCAAGUAAUAGUUUGAAGGGAGCAAUCCCACCUUGUUUUGGUAACAUGAGCGCAAUUGAGGUUUUAGAUUUGCGCCACAAUAAUCUUAGUGGGACAAUUCAAACUAACUUUAGUGUUGGAAAUCCACUCAGAAGCUUUAAUUUGCGUGGAAAUAAGUUAGAGGGGGAAAUCCCACAUUCUUUGAUCAAUAGCAAGCGACUGGAAGUUCUUGAUUUAGGAAACAAUGAGUUGAAUGACACAUUCCCAAUGUGGUUGGGAACUCUACCAAACUUGAUGGUUUUGAUUUUAAGAUCAAAUAAAUUGCAUGGACCCAUCAGAACAUCAAAGACUAAGAGAUUGUUUCCUCAACUUCGAAUUAUAGACAUAUCAUCCAAUGGAUUUUAUGGGGAUUUACCAACACAUCUUUUGGAGAAUUUUCAAGCCAUGAAGAAAGCUGAUGAAAACAUGAAAACCCCAAUGUAUAUUGGAGAUUACUAUUACAAAGAUUCCAUAACAAUUUCAUCAAAAGGAAUGAGCAUGGAACUUGUUAGAAUUUUUUCUAUGUACACAGCCAUUGAUCUUUCAAGCAAUAGAUUUGAAGGUUACAUUCCAAGUGUUAUAGGAAAUCUCACUUCACUAGUUCUUUUGAACCUAUCUCAUAAUAGUUUGGAAGGCCAUAUACCAACAUCACUUGGAAGUGUAUCAGCGCUUCAAUCGUUGGAUCUCUCAUUUAACAAACUUGGUGGAGAGAUACCAGUGCAACUUGCAUCUCUGACAUUUCUUGGAUUCUUAAGUGUCUCUCACAAUCAUCUUGUUGGAUGCAUCCCUAGUGGAAACCAGUUUGCUACGUUUGAAAGUGGUUCAUUUGAAGGGAAUGAUGAAUUGCGAGGCUUUCCAAUUUCAAAAGAUUGUGGUGGAAGUGGUCAUGGUCAUGUACCACAAUCAAUGACUCCAUCCACACUAGAUGAUCAAGAAGAAGAUUCUGGCUUUGAGAUAAGUUGGGAAGCGGUUCUGAUGGGCUACGGUUGUGGACUCAUUAUUGGAAUAUCCAUAAUAUAUAUUAUGUCAUCAACUCUCAAACCGAUACAGCUUUUCAGGAUGAUUGCAGAAUGGGAACACAAAGUUAUAACCAUGAGAAAGAAAAAGAAAGUAGCCAGACAAGUCAGGUAUUCAACUCUAACUCUACACUAAA